AUGGUAGCGUUACUCUGCUCGACGAGUUUUUGCGGUGAUAUUAUGGUCAGUGAUGCUUGUCUGAUUAGUAACAUCAAUGGAAAAUGUUGUCGGAGACGCGAUAUUUUGGUUACUAGCAGAUUAAAGUCCCAACCUUUGAAUGUUGUGUCUGUGAAGAAACAAUGGAGAAAGACCAUGAGAUGUAGUGUAGUCUCCAUGAAAAGUUCUGAUUUUUCGGUUUCAUCGAAAUCCAAUAUGUCAUCUGGUGAAGUUACGAAGAUUUUAAUGUCGAUUCCUGAUACUGAUUCUGCGUUUUUGUAUUUCAAAUCAGUGGCUGAGAAUCCUAAUCUAGUUCACACCACUGAGACUUGCAAUUACAUGCUUGAAUCUUUGAGGGUAGAUGGCAAAUUUGAGGAGAUGGUUUAUGUGUUUGAUUUGAUGCAGAAAAGUAUCAUAAAGAGGGAUACUAAUACUUUCUUGACUAUAUUCAAGUGUCUAGAAGUGAAGGGUGGAUUGCGUCAAGCACCUUAUGCACUUAGGAAGAUGAGAGAGUCUGGUUUUGCGUUGAAUGCGUAUUCAUACAAUGGAUUGAUUCAUCUUCUGCUUAAGUCUAGGUUUUGCACUGGGGCAAUGGAGGUUUAUAGAAGAAUGGUUUUGGAAGGUUUUAGGCCUAGCUUGCAGACUUACUCAUCACUUAUGGUAGGAUUGGGGAAAAGAAGGGACAUUGAAUCUGUGAUGGGUUUGCUUAAGGAGAUGGAGGCUUUGGGGUUAAAGCCGAAUGUCUACACGUUUACGAUAUGUAUUCGGGUGCUUGGUAGGGCGGGAAAGAUUAAUGAAGCAUAUUCAAUACUGAAGCGAAUGGAUGAUGAAGGAUGUGGACCUGAUGUGGUUACUUAUACUGUUCUUAUUGAUGCUCUUUGUACUGCUAGGAAGCUCGAUUGUGCUAAGGAGGUUUUCGAAAAGAUGAAAACAGGAAAACACAAACCGGAUCGUGUAACUUACAUUACUUUGCUGGAUAGGUUUAGUGAUAGCAGAGAUCUAGAUUCAGUGAGGCGGUUUUGGAGUGAAAUGGAGAAAGAUGGUCAUGUACCUGACGUUGUAACCUUUACCAUUCUCGUGGAUGCUCUGUGCAAAGCUGGGAAUUUUGGUGAAGCAUUCGAUACAUUGGAUGUGAUGAGGGAGCAAGGUGUCUUACCGAACCUACAUACAUACAACACGUUGAUUUGCGGUCUUCUAAGAGUUCACAGGUUGGUUGAUGCACUUGAACUUUUUGGUAAGAUGGAGUCUCUGGGCGUUAAGCCUACUGCCUAUACGUAUAUCGUUUUCAUUGACUACUAUGGAAAGACUGGAGAUUCCGUCAGCGCUCUUGAGACCUUUGAGAAGAUGAAAACCAAAGGCAUAGCUCCCAACAUUGUAGCCUGCAAUGCGUCUCUCUACAGUCUAGCUAAAGCGGGAAGGGACCGAGAAGCGAAGCAAAUCUUCUAUGGCUUAAAAAAAAUAGGGCUUGCUCCUGAUUCAGUGACCUAUAACAUGAUGAUGAAGUGCUAUAGUAAGGCUGGGGAAAUAGACGAAGCCAUCAAGCUGCUUUCUGAGAUGGUGGAGAACGGUUGUGAACCUGAUGUUAUCGUUGUUAAUUCUUUGAUCAAUACACUUUACAAAGCUGAUAGAGUAGACGAGGCAUGGAAGAUGUUUAUGAGAAUGAAGGAAAUGAAGCUCAAUCCCACAGUUGUGACAUACAACACAUUGCUCGCAGGUUUAGGCAAAAAUGGAAAAGUUCAGGAGGCGAUUGAAUUGUUUGAGGGGAUGGCGAAGAAAGGUUGUCCACCUAACACUAUAACUUUCAACACUCUCUUUGAUUGUCUUUGCAAAAACGACGAGGUGAAUCUGGCCUUGAAGAUGUUUUUCAAGAUGCUGGACAUGGGUUGUGUCCCAGAUGUUUUUACUUACAAUACGAUUAUCUAUGGUUUGAUGAAGAAUGGUCAAGUCAAAGAGGCAAUGUGUUUCUUCCACCAGAUGAAGAAACUGGUGUACCCUGAUUUUGUUACACUCUGCACUCUCCUUCCAGGUGUUGUCAAGGCCGGUUUAAUCGAAGAUGCUUACAAACUUAUCGCUAACUUUCUUCACCACAGUGCAGACCAACCGGCCAAUCUUUUCUGGGAAGACUUGAUGGGAUCUGUCUUGGCUGAAGCUGGAAUAGACAAUGCCGUUUCAUUUUCUGAGAGAUUGGUUGCUAAUGGGCUUUGUCGAGAUGGUGAAUCGAUCCUGGUGCCAAUAAUCAGAUAUUCUUUUAAACAUGGUAAUGCCUCAGGUGCUCGAACUUUAUUUGAGAAAUUCACAAAAGAUCUUGGUGUCCAGCCCAAACUUCCAACCUAUAAUCUGCUAAUCGGCGGGCUUAUUGAAGCUGAUAUGAUUGAAAUAGCACAGGAGUUGUUUCUAGAGGUGAAGAGCACUGGGUGCAUCCCAGAUGUUGCUACCUACAACUUCUUGCUUGAUGCUUAUGGAAAAUCUGGAAAUAUCGACGAACUCUUUGAGCUGUACAAAGAGAUGUCUUCCCAUGAGUGCGAACCAAACACAAUAACUCACAACAUUGUCAUAUCCGGGCUUGUGAAGGCGGGAAAUGUGGACGAGGCUCUUGAUUUAUACUAUGACCUUAUCAGUGCUGGCGACUUCUCUCCAACUGCUUGCACAUAUGGUCCCCUUAUCGACGGCCUCUCUAAGUCGGGAAGAUUAUAUGAAGCAAAACAACUCUUUGAAGGAAUGUUGGACUACGGUUGCAGGCCAAACUGCGCUAUCUAUAACAUUCUCAUUAACGGGUUUGGAAAAGCGGGUGAGGCUGAUACAGCGUGCGUGUUGUUCAAAAGGAUGGUUAAAGAAGGAGUAAGACCGGAUCUCAAGACAUACUCAGUUCUAGUAGAUUGCCUUUGUAUGGUCGGAAGAGUGGAUGAAGGCUUGCAUUACUUCAGGGAGCUGAAGGAAUCCGGCCUCAAUCCCGAUGUAGUAUGUUACAAUCUCAUAAUCAACGGACUUGGGAAAUCUCAGAGACUUGAAGAAGCUCUUAAGCUUUUCAAUGAGAUGAAGAACAGCAGAGGAAUCACUCCUGAUCUCUACACUUACAACUCAUUGAUUCUAAAUCUUGGUAUCGCUGGAAUGGUGGAAGAAGCUGGGAAGAUUUACGAUGAAUUACAAAAGGCGGGUCUUGAACCGAACGUUUUUACAUUCAACGCUCUGAUCCGUGGAUACAGUUUGUCUGGAAAACCCGAGCACGCUUACGCAGUGUACCAGACAAUGGUGACCGGAGGUUUCAGCCCCAACUCAGGAACAUAUGAACAGCUCCCCAAUAGAGCUUGA